CCCCAACACCUCACACACAGAGCGGCUGUCUUCACCCAAACACCCCGCUGGGGGCGGUAGUGAGCGGGCAGAGUCCAUUUCAAAAAGGUGUCAUCGUUUUUAUUGGGAAAAAGUUCUGCUUGGUGUCUCGGAUCAUAUGUCGACAACACGGCAAAUGUUUUAAAUCAUGUUUUACGAGAACUCCACAUGGACCACACACAAAAGUUGCGGGACUUCAUCUCUCCUUCCUAUGACUCCCAAGAAACCUCAGCAGUGGCUGCAAGUGGUCGGACAUGCAGGGAGUUUUCAUGUUGGGGAUUACGGCACAUUGCUGAAGAGGUUUUGUAAGGGAGAGCAACAAUGCUACCUCAGGCUGAUGGAGGACACUUUGAGGCCCUUUGUUCCAGCCUAUCACGGUGUGGUGCAGCGGGACGAGCAGGAUUACAACAUGAUGGAUAACUUGCUGACACAUUUCAACACACCUGCCAUCAUGGAUUGCAAGAUGGGCAGUCGCACUUACCUCGAGGAGGAGCUGCUGCUGGCUCGAGAGCGGCCUCAGCCUCGUAAGGACAUGUAUGAGAAGAUGGUGGCCGUGGACCCAGAGGCCCCCACGGUCCAGGAACGAGCCCAGAAGGCAGUGCUGAAAACCAGGUACAUGCAGUGGAGGGAGACACUGAGCUCCACAACAACUCUAGGUUUCCGUAUUGAAGGAUUCAAGAAGCCAAACGAAGAAUGUCACACAAACUUCAAAAGGACCAAAAGCAGAGAUCAAGUGAUGAAAGCACUUGACAACUUUGUUGAAUCCAAUACCCACAUUGUGUGGGGGUAUCUGAGACGCUUGAAACAGUUGCGGCAGGUCUUGGAGGCAUCAGACUUCUUCAGAACACACGAGGUCGUGGGCAGUUCCUUACUGUUUGUACACGACUGGACAGGCAGGACAGGUGUGUGGAUGAUUGACUUUGGAAAGAGUGUGGCCUUGCCAUCACACACCACCUUGGACCACCGUACUCCCUGGGUAGAAGGCAACCGAGAAGAUGGCUACCUUUGGGGUCUGGACAACCUCAUUGAUAUACUGGCCAACAUGCUGCCACUGACCUGAACACCACUCUAAACAUGUGUGGAAAUUUACUCUCAGUCCUUCCUCCGCUACUCUUAAGUGAACAACUGCAGAUGCACUGGCUUCUGAAAUUGGUUGUGUUGAAUUGUGGGAAUGAACUUUAUUGGAAAAAUACAGCGUGAGGGUGUAAAAAAAAAUGGAGGAUGUGAUUGAUUACAAUAACAACACAUUUUUAAAAAUGUGUUACAAAGAAAAUACUUUCCAGACAGAUUUAUUUUUACUAAAUGAAGUCCACAAUAUGAGUCAAAAGGUUGUUUGUGAUUUAUAGAAACAACCUGAGCAUAAAGUUUGAACACUAAAUAAACCUACAACUCUGAGCAGGAGACGUCUGACAGUCCGCUCAUUCUUUCAGGAAACACAUUUAUAAGCCAGACAUGGUUGCCCUCUCUGGAUUGGGAUACUUCCACUGUGUUAUUAAAAUGGUGCUAAAACUACUGAUACUGAAAAAUGGACUAAUUUCUUUGUUUCACUAUUAUUAAAUAUUUUAUUCAAAUGCAUCACAGUGUGCAUAAAUAUGUUGUAAUGAUGAAAACACUACAUACUUUGAGACUUUUAUCUACAGAUGAUGUUGGUAGUUGAGACCAGUAUUAGUGUGUUCCUUGUGGUCCAACAAACAUCAGUCCUUUACAAUGAUUAAUGGAGUUAAUGGUUUGAU